AUAUGUAUAUAUAUUACCUUCUCAGGGGGUUGGUUCAGAAUUCAGAACCGCGGACGAUCCAAUCCAACAGAGAGAGGAUUUAUACAUAAACCCUGCAACUACUUUCUUCUUUCUUUUGUUCGUCGUCGGCAGCUGUCUCUAAACUCUCCCGCGGCGGCUCCUCAGUCCUCACCCGGAGGGUCGGAGGAGAAGAUGAGCUUCUUCGCCCGCGGCAGCAGGAACCAGAGGACCUUCAGGCCCAAGAAGAGCGCGCCCUCGGGAAACAAGCAGGGUAUGCAGCUGAAAAGGCACAUCGACGCCACUCUCGGCAGCGGCAACCUGCGCGAGGCGGUACGUCUGCCCAUCGGGGAGGACCUCAACGAGUGGCUGGCCGUCAACACUGUUGACUUCUUCAACCAAGUAAACAUUCUGUACGGCACCCUGAUGGAGUUUUGCACGCCAGCUACCUGCCCGACCAUGUCAGCCGGACCAAAAUAUGAGUACAGAUGGGCUGAUGGAGUCAAGAUCAAGAGGCCUAUCGAGGUCUCUGCACCAAAGUACGUUGAGUACCUGAUGGAUUGGAUAGAAGCCCAGCUCGACGAUGAAAACAUAUUCCCUCAGAAGCUUGGGGCUCCUUUCCCUUCCAACUUCCGUGACGUCGUCAAGACGAUCUUCAAGCGUCUCUUCAGGGUGUAUGCGCACAUAUACCACUCGCACUUUCAGGUGAUUAUGAAGCUCCAGGAAGAGGCGCAUCUCAAUACUUGCUUCAAGCACUUCACACUCUUCACAUUGGAAUUCCGGCUGAUCGACAGGGCAGAGCUGGCUCCUCUCAGCGAGUUGAUUGACCCCAUAAUACUUGGGAGAGAGCUUUGAUGACGCCAAGUGUGGAUAGAAUUUUUUUUCUCUCCUGAUUAAUUUUUUGAUCAAUUCGGAUGGAACGUCUCCAUUUACAUUUUUGGAAGCAUAUAUUAUAGGCUAGCAGUUCGCAAGUCAGAUGUGUUCUGUAGCAGCCUGAUCGCAACGUCAUCAGUGAAAAUGGAGUGGUUCUUGAUCCGCAUCAGAAGGGUGCCUCGGUUGGUUAAUGUUUCUAUUGCUCGUGGCUGCUGCUAAACUGCAGUGGGCCUUCGUGAAUCAUGUAUAUAGUUUCAGACGACUGAUUCGGACCGCUAUUGGGCUAAUAACGGUUUGGGCCUGAGUUUUGCCCAAUUUUGGAUG